AUGCUCGCGAAGAUUUUGUCGCAGCAUCAUGGUUUCGAUUGCACGGUGUUGUUUUCGAUCAAUCCGGAAGAUGGCACGAUCGAUCCCAACAACCAAAAGAACAUUCCUGGUAUCGAAAAGCUAAACGAUGCCGACUUGUGCAUCAUCAUGACUCGCUUCCGCAAUCUGCCGGAUGCCGACAUGAAGGUGCUGGACGACUACUUGAAAGCAGGCAAGCCGAUCAUUGGUAUUCGUACGGCGACGCACGCGUUCAACAUUCCGAAGGACGCGAAGUACCACAGUUACAGCUUCAACAGCCAAGGGGGUUUCGGUAAGCAGGUGCUCGGCGAAACUUGGGUGAAUCACCAUGGCAAGCAUAAGGGAGAAAGCACCCGCGGCGUGAAUAAUGAAGAAGCGAAGGAUAACCCGAUUCUUCGUGGCGUGGACGACGUGUGGGGGCCGACCGAUGUGUACGGCGUUCGCAACUUGCCGGAAGACGCGACCGUGCUGCUGUAUGGUUCGGUCCUGGAAGGGAUGAAGCCGGAAGACAAGCCGGUCGCCGGCAAGAAGAACGAUCCGAUGAUGCCAAUCGUCUGGACGAUGCCGUACCAGUUGGAAGGUGGCAAGCAAGGGACGUCGGUCUGCAGCACGUUUGGUAGCGCGAUCGACUACGUGAACGAAGAUGGUCGCCGCAUCGUG